GCACCCGCUGCUCACAGCCGAGCCGACGGAUCGAAGGGUGCAGUGCAGUGCACCCUCCUGCACAGGGCGCGGUGCCCCACGAGCAGACCCGCGCCCCUCCGAGCCUUGCGGAGAGGCAGCGACAACAGGACUAUGGAAGGGUACCCCUGAAUAGAAAGAGACUACAGGACUGAUCAGAGAGGAUGGAAGACAAGGAAGGCUUCUGAAGAAUCAAGAAGGAUAAUAUGAAACUGGCUUCUUCUGAAGUCCUGGGUCUUCCCCACUGCUGAAGUGAAUGCUAAGACCCCCAAUGUGUCCAGAGACAUUCUGAAGAGGUUGAGGGGCUAAGGAGCCUUGGGGCACCCAGAAGGAGAUUCCCAAAGCCAACUCAGAGCCAGAGAAUUUGCCUGCUACUUGAGUGUCCUCCGAUUCUUCCCCACCUGAAUCCCUGUUGCUAUGGAGACCACCAAUGGGACUGAGGUCUGGUAUGAGAGUCUGCAUGCUGUUCUGAAGGCUCUAAAUGCCACUCUUCACAGCAACUUGCUCUGUCGGCCAGGACCAGACAACCUGACUCAGGAGCGGCAGGCCAGCCUACCCGGCCGUGAUGACAACUCCUACAUGUACAUUCUCUUUGUCAUGUUCCUAUUUGCUGCCACUGUGGGCAGCCUCAUCCUGGGAUACACCCGCUCCCGCAAAGUGGACAAGCGCAGUGACCCCUACCACGUGUACAUCAAGAACCGGGUGUCUAUGAUCUGAUGCUAGAAACCCAGGAUGCUGAAGAUCAAGACACCUGAGGGUUGAUUGACUUCUGAGGCCUCCAGAACUCAGCCGUGGCUCCCGUCAGGCCUCAGUGUUCCUAUGUGCAAGGUCAAUGAGACACAGUGCUAAGGGGUGUCAUUACUGGGCUGGGAGAGAAGGGCAGACCUAGGCCUUGUGGGGGAAAAAGGACUUUUUUCCAGCAAAAGACUUGAUAGACAUGAUAGACAGUGGGAACCAUGAACAAAUAUAUACAAGUAGCAAAAGAUAAUAACUAAUGACUGGUCUAAUGGCUGGAGUAUCAUGGGCCAGGGACUUGAGGAAGGAGAAAAGGAAGUCGUGGCAGAGGGAAACUAGACAAGAAGGUGUGCGGAGGGUAUGUGUGUGUGUGUUAUCUUCACUGACUGUGAGAAGCAGCAAUGAUUAUCCCAUGCGACAGAGAGGUAUAGCGUUACUUAUUUUUACAUGUUCACACUUGAUGUUUCUCAUGAUUUCCCCCCGGGAGGGAAGCAGGGCAAGUGCCAUUCCGCCCACUUGGGCUAGAGCUGUGCCAUGACCAGAACUUGAACUCUGGUCUCUGUGCCCAGUGCUUUUUAAGACUCUGCCACACAGGGUGAACCCAAGCCUAAAAGGCAGACAAUCCUGGGAGCCCUCCUUCAAAAAACUCCUACUUACGCACCUAUUACAAAAAUAUAUUACCAUUUGACACUUCUGGGGCCUCUCUUAAAACCUUAAGAAGGAGUCGUGCCUGUGCAGGGCUCUGAAUGCCAAGCCUCCUUAGCUCCAAGGUUCCUGUGCUUCCAACCAGGUCACAGUUGUCACGGUGCCCUUCCCAGACACAACCCCUGCCACGAGAUCUUCACUACCUCAAGUGUAUAGCCUCUUCUGUUUUGACUGAGUUCUGGGAGAAACUUUCUGAUACCAAGUUUCAAUCUGCUUCCAUGAGAUUAUCAUCACACCUGGAAGGUCACCAUAUGAAAAGAAGCUGAGUGUGCAAGGCAGGUACCUGGCUCUGUGGAAAGGGAACCAGUCCUGAUUCUACCACUGAUGUGAGCUGUGACACUGGCUGAACACUCCCCUCUCUGAUCUCCUCUCUCCACAGCAGAGUGAAAUAGUCAGACUUAAAGUCUCUAAGAGUGCUACCAGUUCUGACAUUAUAGGCUCCAUGUACAGUAGGUUGAACCAUAUAAAAUUACUG